AUGCACAAAGGAGUGCUGGGGGUAAUCGUUAUGAAUAAUGAUGCUGUGCCCAUCCGAACAACCAUGGAUAAACCGAUGACAGUUCAUUACUGCGCUCUGUCGCAGCAACUUGUCUCCAAGUCGAGAGCUGGUGUGCGUGACGGUGAUCCCACCAACGAUCUCACUUUUUUGCGAAUCCGAAGCAAGAAGAACGAGAUUAUGAUCGCCCCAGACAAGGACUAUACUCUGAUUGUGGUGCAGGAGAUCGGAGGCGAGUAA